AAAAAAAAGAAUAGAAUUUAUAAAGAAUAUAUUGAAAAUUUACAGGAUAAAUUAUAAAUCAAUAACAACAAUACAUAAAUCUUCAUAAUAUGGAAGAGCGAAGAGUGGUUUAAGAAUAAGACAUUGAAGAGUAAAUCAAAGAUCCUGUAGAUUUCAAUGUAGAGAAACAAUAAAAGGAUGAAAGAGCAUUUAGUUAUAAUUCAAAAUCCAAAAAAAAAUAUUAGAAGAUUAUUGAAAAAUUGAAAAAACUUAAAAGGGCAGAAUAAAAAAAGAAAAAUAAAGAGAAUUAGAAAUAUGAACUAGAAAUUGAAGGAGAAGAUUAUAGCGAGGUUAAAAGGAAUUAAGAGAAAUUGAAAAUUUUAAAAGAGAUAAUGAGUUCUGUUCCUGCAUAUUUGUUAAUGAGCCCAGCUUAAAAAAGGAAAUAUUUCAAAACUGUUAACAUCCAAUUUUAUGAGACGUUAAAGAAAGAACUAGGGUCAUAGUGUUCUCACUCAAAAAGUGUGCAUUUCGAUCUUGAAAGGAAUAAAAUCAAAAGUAUUGUUCCUAGUAAUAUUGUAGCAUUUAAGUCUAGUGAUAAUGUGCUUGAAUUGUCAUAGUCAUUGAUUUGAUAUUUAUAAUUAAUAUAAAUAAA